UGCCGGUAUAUUUAUUUUAUUUUGCAUGCAGUUAUCGUAUUUCGUGAUUUCAAUUAACGUUUAGAUAAUAUUAAGUUGAUAAAGCCCUAUCUAGAAUGGGAGUAACUGGUCUUUGGAAGCUAAUCGAACCAUGUGGUAAGCCAGUGCCUGUGGAAACCCUGGAGGGUAAAGUGUUGGCCAUUGGUAAGUUGAUGUCUCAGAUUUGCCGGUAUGGUUUUACAAACUUACAAAUACCAAUCCAAUUCAUUCUUUCAGAUGUAUCGAUUUGGUUGCAUCAAGUGGUUAAAGGGUUCCAAGACAACAAAGGAGCUGCUUUGAACAAUGCCCAUUUGUUGGGCUUAUUUCACAGACUGUGCAAACUGAUGUACUAUCGUGUUAAGCCAGUAUUUGUAUUCGAUGGUUGUGUGCCCCAAUUGAAAAGAGAUACAAUUGCUCGCCGUCAACAGCAGCGCAGCAAACUUAGCAAUGAAGCUGACCGUAUACAGAAUCUACUGCUACAAUCACUGGCUAAGGAGAAAGUUGUCAUGCAGGCUUUGGGACCCAACGCCGAGCAGCUAUUAACAUCACCCAUCAAAAAGAAGGCCUCUAAGGAAGAUUCAGUUGACGACAUGUUCAAAUUACCUGAAUUGCCAGAAAGCUCCAAGAAGCAGGGCAAAGUUGCCGGAGAUAGUAGUAUGGAUGACUCUUGGGAGGAUUCCUUUAAUUCUACAGAUGAUUACACCAACACUACAGGGUCUACUGACGAUAGUUCAUACGAUGAAUCCAAUCCUCGUCAUGCCUAUAACACCAACAUUCUGGCCAUAGAUGUGCGUAGCAACGAGUUUAAACAUUUGCCCGCCGAUGUUAGGCAUGACAUUUUGGUGGAUAUUAAAGAAACCCGCAAGCAAUCCUCUUGGGGUCGCUUGCAUGAGCUGCCGUCACGCAGCGAUGACUUUAGUGUAUUUCAAAUGAAGCGUCUAUUGAAACGCAGAGAUGUUCAAGUGUGUCUGGAAGAAGCCGAGCAGGAAAUGGGCAACGACAAUGCUUUGACAUUUACAGAAUUGACCAACAUAUUCACCGAGGAGGGUAUCUUGGAAUCGGAAAAGCUGCAGAAGGCUACCAAGCAAAUAUCCUCAAGUGAAAAUACAAGAUUUCUCUUAGUCAGGGACUUGAAAAAGAAAUUGAAAAAAGUCGAUGAAGAGCAAGACCCAGAGACAAAAGUUGAGAUCAAAUCUGAAAACACUGAAAGUGAAGACAUUAAACCCUCCACCUCCAAGGGUGAAGAGGUUACAAAUCCUGCCUCAGACACCAAAGAGCUUGGUAAAGAAUAUGAUGCUGAUUUGGAAUUAGCCCUAGCAUUGUCGCUGGAAGAGAACACUGAUCAUGUUUACGAUGACAAAGAUUAUGAGUACGAUUCUGAUGAGGUAUUAAAAUUGAACAGAGAUCAACGUGAACGAUUGCAAGAUGCCGCAAAGGGACCAGCACGUGCUUAUAUGAUUGAAUAUGCUGGCAUGAAUAAGGAUGAGGUACAGGGGAUAUUGGAAAGAACUCAAGUCAAUGAUAACUUUGAUGAGACAUUGGAUUUAGAACGCCUAAUUGGGGAUGGUGAUGUUGCGCCAGAGAGAAACCCUGAAACUGCUGAACUUAAACCGGAGAGUAUUCACAACGAGAGCCAGGAAAUACGUUUGCAAGUAACCGAUGAUUCUGACUCCACAGAUUCUGAUCUAGAGGAGGUUGAAGAGGAAGCAAUUAAACCGGCUAUUUCCAUUACAGUGGAUGUGACUAAGGCAACGCCUGCAGAUGAUGAUUUAUUCGCGGAUGUUUUUAAAGAAGACGAAUGUGUUAUUGAGGAGACCCCGGAUCUUCUAGAACCAAUUACAUCACAAACUAAGGCCAUCGAAGAAACCAAUCCCCAAGAAUCUUUGGUAGAUAUGAAACCAAAAAUGCCUGUAAAAUUUUUAAAAGACUUGGAGGAAGGUGAUGAAUGUUUUAUACCCGAAACACCACCAGUUGUGAUGAAAUCAGAAAUCGAAAAUCCUAGCGAACACAAAAGUGACAUAAAAAUAAAACCCAUCGAUCAGGGUAAAAAAGUCGAAAUACUUUCCAUUCUAGAUGAACUAAAACAACAAGUGGCAGAUAUAAAAAAAAUAAAUUUAGAUGAAAUAAAGCUAAGCAAUUCAGUUAUAGAACUUUCCGAUGAUGAAGUGCCCCCAGGGGAAAUUGUAGAAAAAAAGGAAAUUAUUGAAAUAUGCGACAGUGAUGAUAAUCAAAGGCCUUACACACCACCUCUACAAAUAACAGCUGCCACAGAACAAACCCCAAAGUCCGGAGGUAGCGCCAACAAAUCUCCAAAAUUUCAUACUCCCUCCAAAAAUCAUGCCAUUACAGAAUUUUUCAAUGUAAAUUAUGUUGUCAAGCGCACACCAGACAAGCCCUCCGAAGAGAAUGAAGAAGCACCCAAAGUUAAGUCGCCAUUUUUUGUUAAGAAAACUCCAAAGUCUGCCAGCAAAAGCGGUAGUAAUUCACCAACGUCGGGUAAAAAGGUAUCAAAGGCCAGUAAAUCCCUAUUCGAUAAAAAUGGCGAAGAAAAUGCCACAGAAAUAGCUGACGAAGAUGGCAUAGAAGUUAUAAAAGAAACCACUGAAGAGGAUGUAAUCAAAGAAGCAGCUGAGCUAUUAAAAUCGAAUAAAACCACCGAAGAAUUAGACCACCUAGCAGCUGAUUUGGCCAAAGAUAGGCGAGAUUUGGAAAAUGAACGCAAUCGCCAAGAUCGCAUGAGCAUGUCCAUAACACAACGAAUGAAUUCCGAUUGCCAGGAACUAUUAAGGCUAUUCGGAGUGCCCUAUAUUAUUGCUCCUAUGGAAGCAGAAGCCCAAUGUGCUUUUCUCGACAUUGUGGAACUAACGAAUGGUACAAUUACAGAUGACAGUGACAUAUGGUUGUUUGGCGGACGCACAGUCUAUAAGAAUUUCUUUGCCCAGAAUAAACAUGUUUUGGAAUUUCGUGCUGAACAAAUAGAAAAGGAUUUCAAUUGUGAUCGCCAGAAAUUAAUACAACUGGCAUGCCUGGUAGGAAGUGAUUAUACAACAGGUAUUCAUGGUAUUGGAGCCGUCACAGCUAUGGAAAUUCUAGCUUCCUUUGCACCAAAAGAUAUUCCCAAUGCUGUCGAUGGAUCCACAAUUCUAAAAACGCAAUAUAUUCUUUCGACUCUACAAAAGUUUCGCACUUGGUGGCAAUCAUUCAAAAAUUCGGCAGCACCUCCAGGCACUUCUGCUCGCCUUGCCUUGCAGAAGAAGUUGAAAAAUAUCGAAGUACAUGAGGGAUUUCCCAAUGUAGCGGUGGUCGAAGCUUAUCUCACUCCCAAGGUGGAUGAAAAUAAGGAGCCUUUGUCGUGGGGCUAUCCGGAUGUUGAAUCUUUGCGUGAAUUUGCAAAGAAAACAUUUGGUUGGACUACAAACAAAACCGAUGACAUAUUAAUGCCGGUAAUGAAGAAACUGAAUGAGAAACGCACUCAACAAUCGAUACGAAACUAUUUCAAUGUAAAAAGUGCUUUGAAUUUAAGACAGCUUAAGGUUAGUAAACGAGUACAAAAUGCCAUUGAUAAAAUGACGGGAAAAGUAGAUUCAUCAGAUGAUGCCAGCGAAAAGCCAACCAGACCGAAAAGGUCAAGGCAAACGAGCAAAGUGGCUGCCAAAAGGAAGAAAGAGGCCGAAGAUGGACAGCAGCAAACAGUCAAUGAAUGUAAUGGUGAUGCUGUCAGCUUAACUAUCGACGCUGAUUUUAGUUCGGGAAUGGCACGUGGACCUCUGAAAAAGCCCACUAAACGUCCAAAUAUACCCAACACCAAACAAGUCAUACCUCAAAGAGAAAAAACUUUAGAACAAAUGGAAGCAAAUAGAAAAAUGGCAGCUGAAAUUUUAAAGAAUUCGGCUAAGGAAACUAAAAAGAAACGCAAAGCAUGAUGUUAUGUUAUGAUUAAAAAGUAGAAGAAUUAUUGAAACAAUUUGUAUGUAUGAGCAUGUAGUUUUACAUUUUGUCUUUUAUUACAAAUACACAAAUAUUUAUUGCAA